GUCGUUUCUUUGUCCCUUCAGAUUCCCGCCCUGCCCUCCCUGCUAAUAUGACAUCGGUUGUGAUGUCAAUCAUGCAAGGACCGCUUUGUGGUGCCCUAGCUAACAUGCUACUGUAUGGGGUCAUCUGCAUGCAGACCUUUCGUUACUGGCAGGCAUACGAACAUAACAGGAACAUUCUGAAGUGUCUGGUAGCGUUCAUCUGGAUUCUCGAGACUGCUCAUGCAGCAUUGACAAUAUACGCCGUUGAGUUUUAUCUCAUCAUGCAUUUUGGAGAUAUAACAAGCUUGGAAUACACAGUGUGGUGCGUCAAUUUCUACUAUACUUCCACUCCGGUUCAUUCAGCCUUCAUCACAGGGGAAUACCCGCAAGCAGCUAGUGCAGACAAACAAUUUACUGCUGAUCUCCCCACAUUCCACCAGGCUUCAUAUAUUAUCGGUUUUAUUAUAGCCUAUGUUGUGAAUCUCUGCUUCAUCUGGCGAGUACUGCAAUUUUCGCAAAAACGCUGGAUUGCUGUUUGUUUCGUCAUUUUUGCAACCAUUCGCUGCGGAUUUGGACUUGCAAACUGUUCCUUGAAGCACGCGCCACCUGUGUUGGAUGAUCUACCUGCUGACUGUAGUUUGAACAGUUUCUUUUAUCCCAAGUGGGAGAUCUUCAGAGAACGCAUCUAUCCAACUAUGGUGGUUGGAUGGGUGCUUUCAGCAGUGGUCGACAGUGCGAUUGCGUUUACACUAUGCCUUUACCUUCGAAAACGUCGCACAGGCAUGAAAAGAACUGACAACGUCCUCAACCGCCUCCUAUUGUAUACCAUCAACACUGGUGCUGUCGCAUCGUUUUGUGCAGUUCUGGUGGUCAUCAUGUUUCUCGGUCUACCAAACAAUCUCGCGUUCGUUGGGUUUGUCCAAGUCCAGAGCAAACUCUAUGCGAUAUCACUUUUGGCAUCGUUAAACAACCGAAAAAGACUCGAAGUGACCAAUCAGACUUUUCCCUCUGUGAAAGGCGUUGCGAGUUCCCAUAUGCCUCGCUUUUCGACAUUCAAACCAUCACAGCGGAUGCCGUCUUAUCUGCAACCGAUUGAAGUGCGGACGAGCGUUGUGAUGGAUAUUUAUGGCGACAGUCUGGAUACUGGAUUGGACAGCACGUUUCAGGAGUGACUGUUGAGGUUGUGCUGACAGGAUAUAAUUUGGUGUACUUGGUUCACUGUUUACCACCAGCGAUCUGUUAUGUUAUUCAAUGAUGAUCUUCACGUACAGGG